AGGUCAAUUUAUUUAUUUUGAACGACAGAUUUAAAAAUAAAUGUGUUUAAGAUGAAGGAACGGUUUUGGAUCGUAUGUCUGCUCUGGACAUUGCUUUGUAUUCAUGGCGUUUCAUCCGGCCAUGUUGCGUAUUCUAUUAACGAGGAGGUGAGCCCAGGGACAGUUGUUGGAAAUUUAGCCAAGGACUUGAGUCUUAAUGUUGCUGAUUUGGAGUCGCGUCGCCUUCACAUCGUAUCCGGAUCGUCGAAGAAACAUUUCGAUGUGGAUGUAAAAACCGGAGCUCUUUUCGUCUUGGAGGCGAUAGACAGAGAGCAGCUCUGCCCAAACAGCGACAUUUGCACAGAAUCUCUGGAAGCGAUUGUUAAUAAUCCUUUACAGAUGCACAGCGUGGAGGUAAAAAUACUUGACAUUAACGAUCACUCGCCGGUUUUUCCGGGAAAAUCACAGACUAUUCGUAUUGCAGAACUAGCAGUCCCAGGAGCUAAAUUUCCGCUGCUUAAUGCUGAAGAUCCAGACAUUGGAAGCAACUCGAUCAGUUCGUACAAACUCUCUAACAAUGGGUUAUUCAGCCUGGAGGUGCACACAGAUGCCGACCAAGGUCCAUCAGCCGAACUGGUGUUGAUGAAAAACCUUGACAGAGAAAAACAGUCAGUCAUCCGGCUUGUGCUGACUGCAGUUGAUGGAGGCAAACCAGCACGAUCUGGUACAACAGAAAUUAUCGUAAAUAUUUUAGAUGCUAAUGAUAACGCGCCUGUAUUUUCAAAAGCUGUUUACAAAGUUUUAGUUCAAGAAAAUGUUAUUUCCGGUACGUCCAUUUUAAAGCUUAAUGCUACCGAUCUCGACGAAGGAGUUAAUAGUGAGCUUACAUACUCCUUUAAACAAGGUCAAAGAGGAAUAGCCGAUAAAUUCGCUAUUGAUUCAACCACAGGGGAAAUCUCUGUAAAAGGAGCAUUAGAUUACGAAACCACAAACGCGUACGAAAUUCGUGUUGAAGCCCGAGAUAAAGGCCAUUCACCACUAGCAUCACAUUCUAAAGUACUAGUGGAAGUAGUGGAUGUAAACGAUAACGCACCGGAUAUUAAGCUCUCGUCUCUUCUGGACAACGUGAGAGAAGACGCUAAGAAAGGCACGGUGAUUGCAUUAAUAACAGUUCAAGACAAAGACGGAGGUAAAAAUGGAAAAGUUCGCUGUUUCGUGUCUCAGAAUUCUCCAUUUGUAUUAGAGUCCACACAGGGGAAAUAUUAUUCCCUGGUCCUGAAUGGAGCGCUUGACAGAGAAGAAAGCGCCCUGUAUAAUGUCUCAAUAACAGCCACAGAUGAAGGAGUCCCUCCACUCUCCAGCACCGCUGUCCUGACUGUGCAUAUUUCUGAUGUAAAUGAUAUCGCACCUCGUUUUCCUGAGUCUUCUGUGAUUGUUUAUGUUAAAGAGAACAGUCCAGCAGGAGCUCUAAUAGCAAGUGUCUCUGCACAAGAUAUGGACUUCGGCGAAAAUGCUCAAAUAACUUAUUCAUUACUUAGCAACUCGAACAUGCCUUUAUCUUCAGCUGUCAGCAUCAACUCUGUCACUGGAGAAAUUUACAGCAUGCAGUCUUUCAACUUUGAGGAGAUGAAAACUUUCCAGUUUCAGGUACAAGCCACUGACUCUGGUGUUCCUCCGCUAAGCAGUAACGUGACUGUGAACGUUUUUAUCCUGGAUGAGAAUGACAACAGUCCAGUUUUUCUCCCUCCUUAUUCUGAUCCCGGGUCAGUAAACAGUGAGAACAUUCCCUACUCUGCUGAAGCGGGGUAUUUUGUGGCUAAAGUCAGAGCUGUAGACGCUGAUUCAGGUUACAAUGCACUAUUAUCAUAUCACAUAACCGAACUAAAGGGAACGAAUCUCUUCCGAAUCGGAACCAGCACCGGAGAAAUAAGGACUAAAAGACGAAUGAGUGACAACGACUUAAAAGCUUACCCUCUUAUCAUUAUUGUCUCGGAUAACGGAGAACCUUCACUGUCCACAACUAUGAGUAUUGAAGUUGUGGUUGUGGAAAAUAUGGACAGUCUGCAGCCUUCACUAAGACAAGUGCCAGUAAAGGAGGAGAAUUUUUCUAAUCUGAAUCUCUAUCUGCUCAUCGCUAUUGUCUCAGUGUCCGUGAUAUUUUUACUGAGCCUCAUCGCUUUAAUAGCAGCUAAAUGCUACGGGACAGACGGCGGUUUCAGCAGGUCCAGCGCUCCAGUGAUCACUACACACCCUGACGGGAGCUGGUCUUACUCCAAAUCCACUCAGCAGUAUGAUGUGUGUUUUAGUUCAGACACACUGAAGAGUGACGUAGUGGUUUUCCCCUCGCCGUUUCCGCCUGCAGACGCAGAGCUGAUCAGCAUUAAUGAAGGAGACACUUUUAACAGAACACAAACUCUUCCGAGUUCCACAAAGGUAGGAUACUUUUUAAUGCAGUUUCUUUACAGUGGCGCAGAGCAGAAUAUGUCCCCUCAGUUGAUUUUACAGAAAGCCUUAGACAGAGAGAAGCAGGCAGUUGUUAAACUCGUGCUCACUGCUUUAGAUGGAGGAAAACCUGCUAGGUCUGGCACUCUUGAUGUAACUGUUAAUGUAAUCGAUGUAAACGACAACACUCCAACAUUCAGCAAGGAGCUGUAUAAAGUCAUUGUUCCUGAAAACACUAUGUUGGGAACUCAGAUUAUUAAACUGAAUGCCAGUGACACUGACACGGGAACGAACGGAGAAAUAAUUUAUUCACUGAUAAGCCAUGGAAAAGAAAAGUCGAGUGACAUUUUUGAAAUAAACCCAAUCACGGGUGAAAUCUCCCUGAAAGGACAUUUGGACAGAGAGGACACUGCUGCGUUUGAGCUUCACGCACAGGCUCAGGACAAGGGCUCUUCACCUCGGGCUUCUCACUGCAAAGUUUUAGUCGAGGUGCUGGACGUGAACGACAACGCGCCUGUCAUUUCCCUUACAUCUCUCUCCAGCACUGUAAGAGAAGACGCGACUUCUGGCACAGUGGUUGGAUUGAUAACGAUUGGUGACAACGACGUAGACCAGAACGGAGAGAUCAGUGCUAAGAUUAAAGGAUCGAGUCCAUUCAUUCUUCAAGCAUCUUACAAAAAUUAUUAUUCGUUAGUAGUGGGUGGACCUCUGGACAGAGAAAUGAUGUCUGAAUAUAAUAUCACUGUUACGGCUACUGAUAAAGGCAUCCCGCCACUCGUCAGCAAUAUGUUUCUUACUAUUCACAUUUCUGAUGUGAACGACAAUGCACCUCGUUUUCCAGACAAAGACAUGAACUUCUAUGUGAAAGAAAACAGUCCUGCUGGAGACGUCAUAGCAACAGUAACAGCGAAGGACGCAGACAUCAAUGAAAACGCUCAGAUUGUAUACUCUAUAUUUUCCAGGAACUAUAUAACUUCCAUGAUAGACGUUAAUUCUGCAAAUGGUGAUGUAUACAGUAAACAGACAUUUGAUUAUGAGGCGAUUAAGUCAUUUCAGUUUCAGAUUCAGGCCACUGACUCUGGUGUUCCACCUCUCAGCAGCAACGCAACUGUGAACAUAUUUAUCCUGGAUGAGAAUGACAACAGUCCAGUUUUUCUCCCUCCUUAUUCUGACCCCGGAUCAGUAAACAGUGAGAACAUUCCCUACUCUGCUGAAGCGGGGUAUUUUGUGGCUAAAGUCAGAGCUGUAGACGCUGAUUCAGGUUAUAAUGCACUAUUAUCAUAUCACAUAACCGAACCAAAGGGAACGAAUCUCUUCCGAAUCGGAACCAGCACCGGAGAAAUAAGGACUAAAAGACGGAUGAGUGACAACGACUUAAAAGCUCACCCUCUUAUCAUUACUGUCUCGGAUAACGGAGACCCAGUAUUGUCAACCACUCUGUCUAUGGAAGUUGUGGUUGUGGAAAAUAUAGAUGACUUUCAGACAAGCAUAAGACAAGUGCCAGUAAAGGAGGAGAAUUUUUCUAAACUGAAUCUCUAUCUGCUCAUCGCUAUUGUCUCAGUGUCCGUGAUAUUUUUACUGAGCCUCAUCGCUUUAAUAGCAGCUAAAUGCUACGGGACAGACGGCGGUUUCAGCAGGUCCAGCGCUCCAGUGGUCACUACACACCCUGACGGGAGCUGGUCUUACUCCAAAUCCACUCAGCAGUAUGAUGUGUGUUUUAGUUCAGACACACUGAAGAGUGACGUAGUAGUUUUCCCCUCGCCGUUUCCGCCUGCAGACGCAGAGCUGAUCAGCAUUAAUGAAGGAGACACUUUUAACAGGACGCAAACUCUUCCUAGUACUGGAAAGUGCAGUUGA